CUGAAUUUUGAAAUUUCGAAAUGAGCCAUGUUGUCAAAUACUUGUCGCACGAUUGUUGUGAUUUGCGCCUGCACCUUGUGGUAACUUUUGCUCCUUAAUCAAUUCUUUUGGAGCUUAAUAAAACUUCUGCAUCUCAGCUAACUUUGCUGCGGACAAACAACAACGUGUCGGGCUUGCGAUUUAACGGAUUGCAAAGCUCAGGAAUAAUGGAUGAGCCGGAUAUCUUGAAUGCGGAAAGCGGGGAUAAGUUCGAUGCUGACGCUUCGGUGGGGCACCAUGAGUCCGGAUCGAAGACCUCCUUGGACGGCCAUUCGCAUUCCAGCCACUCCAUUCCGAGUCCGACACCGUCGCGGAGAAAUCGCACUUUGUCUGCCUCUGAACGUGCACUUGCUGGUCCGACAUUCCAUGGAAAAAUUAAGAACUUCUGCCGACAAAAAGGACAUGGUUUCGUUACUCCUCACUCUGGCGGAGAAGACAUUUUCGUCCACAUUUCUGAUAUCGACGGAGAUACCGUGCCAAAAGAAGGCGAUGAAGUUAUCUUCAAAACUGUCAUGAUGCCUCCGAAGAUGGAGCGUCCGCAGGCUGUGCACGUUCAAAUCAUCGCCAUGAAGCCGGUCAAGCACGACCAUUGGGAGGACACGUCCAGUCCGCCUCCAUAAGUCACCAUAUUCAGAGUUGGCAAUUGAUUGCCCCCGAAGACAUCACGGCGGAAUGGUGAUGAUCCCAGCCGGAAUUGGUUGGCUCUGUAAUCUGUUAUCAGUAGCGAUAUGAUUGUAUUUGUGGCUUAGAAUUCAAAGUCCGACUUUCGAAAGCAUGGUAGCUGUUAGUACAAUAGUAGUAUAGUCUAGCCAGGUUGGCGGCGGUUUAAAAUGUUCGCUUUCGUGCUUUGUCGUUGCAUUGAGAUGUUGGCUUAUUCUAAAGAUUUUACAAUUGAACAAUACUUGCGCUUGUGUGAAUAUGUAAUUUAUUACAUUUUUUCUUCUGCUUUGGUUCAUACUUCUUUAUUUUAAUGUCCAAAGAACUGUAAACUGUAGCUUACAGUAAAUAAAAUAAAGGAAGUUUAUCCCCUUAGAGCAGCCUUUAAAAAAAGCGAAGUAAGGCUGAUCA